AUGACGCUCAACUUCGACAAAAGAGUCAACAGCAUCGAGACCUGGCGGGCUGAAAUCACGAGUAUCAAUAGUAACCGUGACAUUUAUUAUCUUUCGAACAAAUCUGACAAUCGCGAUCUGCCGGCUGGGAACUAUGAGAUCACGUUCACCGCUGAGUACCAGGGAAGAAAGCCUGAGUUGACAUCCAUCUACUUCAACGACCAACUCGUACACGGGGAAGGAGGGACAACUGAUAACAAUGUCCCCGAAGGUAGUCAGAGCACUGCAGUACCGCCAUCAACGGCUACUCCAACUAUCGCCAAUGCCCAAGCAACAGUAGCACCAACAGCUGCUGUCCCAACUGCCGCACCUGCCCAAGCACCAGCAGCACCAGCAACACCAGCAGCACCAGCAACACCAGCAGCACCAGCAACACCAGCAGCACCAGCAACACCAGCAGCACCAGCAGCUGUUGUCCCAACUGCCGCACCUGCCCAAGCACCAGCAGCACCAGCAACACCAGCAGCACCAGCAACACCAGCAGCACCAGCAACACCAGCAGCACCAGCAACACCAGCAGCACCAGCAGCUGUUGUCCCAACUGCCGCACCUGCCCAAGCACCAGCAGCACCAACAGCACCAGCAGCACCAGCAGCACCAGCAGCACCAGCAGCACCAGCAGCUGUUGUCCCAGCUACCGCAUCUGCCCAAGCAACAGCAGCACCAACAGCUGUUGUCCCAACUGCCGCACCUGCCCAAGCAACAGCAGCACCAACAGCUGCUGAUGUUAUUGUACCAGCUCAAGCUACCGAGGCUGAAGCCCUAAACUGUGGUGACAGUAGUGUGCAAGCAAACCAUGGAGGCUACAAGGGUCUGUCUGCAGCGUGUUCUAAAGGAUUGUUACAACGUACACCAGCACUCCGCACUGCAACGUGGCGUGCUGAGGCAGACCGCGCCCUUGUCAAUCAUCUCAUCAGGGUCAUCCAAACCAAAAGCAGAAUGGAUUGCUGCGCAGAGUGCCUGAAUGACGCCAACUGUUGCUCCGUGAACUACGAGGAGGACACAGGAAGCUGUGAGCUGAACGGAACGGACGGCCGUACCUGCCCAACCUCAGUCGUGAAUCGUGAGGGGUUCACGUUCUAUCAGCCCAUGGAGUAAUACGAUCUUUACCGACGUAUUGCAAAAUGUGACACAGAACGUGACUAAGAGUUCUUAAUUUAUGACCCCGCAUACUUAAAAGAGCGUGACCGUCGGUAUACUUCAUAUUGCAAUAAUGACGUGUUCUUCUUCACACUGCAGCUAGGUGUCGCUGUUGCUUGCAGCGUUAUAAAAGUAGUCCCCAAAGUAAAAUGAGUGGUCGUGUCACCUGAUAAAAGCAUUCACAGAAGCCAUAGAAUGUGUUCUAUCUUAUUAAUGCACAGCUUAAUGGUCAAGACAUGUAGCAACACUGUGUCUGUGUCUUCUCAUGUUUUGCACGAUGAUGCUAGAAUACAGACAAAAAUGUUAUACAAUGUCCAACCACUGCUUUUUGUCAUGAUCAGAGAGAUUGUCUUCAUCUUUAUUCAAUUAUUCUAGUUUCCGUCUCAAGUCGACCAGGCCCUUUACUGUGAUUUCGAGCAAUAUAUCAAACACUUGAUUCACUUGAUAGACUGGCCGAAGACCGCCAGAAGUGGAAGUCACUUGUGAACAGUCUUACCGCCCCUACGGCUUCCUGAGCUACGGGACUGAUGAUGGAUGGAUGGAUGAUUCACCGAGUGUGCUAAUGACCCAGAAAUAUUACACCAUAUAACACCGAGUAACAGCCGGGUCCUUAAAGUUAUCAUCAGCAUGGUCAAUGGGGAAUUCAAAUGAUAAUGACCGUGACGUCUGUCAUUGUAAUAUCCAAGCAGAUCAUACGGUGCCAUAAGAUAGUUUCAAUGCUGGCCAAGGAGUAUAGCCGGCCAAAUGGAGUCAGACUAGCACCGAAAGGCGUUUGACCUGCUCUGGCCGGCUACACUAGUACUCCUUGACUAGCUUGAAAACUAUGUUAUGUCACAGGGAAUCUGCUGGGAGAUCAUUUAACAGCCAAGCCAAACUAAACCCAAACGUCGGACUUACU